UACAAUUACCUUUUCCUCAAAUACAAGUCGUUAUAUAGCAGUAUCUGGCACCAUAGUGCACCACAGAAUUGCUGCCUACCUGACAGAAAAAAACCCACAUAACAGCCAUCGGAAUACCAGGCUAAAGAGUCCGCUUGAGAAUACCAGGAGCGAAAAGCAAAACAAUGUAACAGCACGGACAGGGAUACUGAGAUGGGUGACAGCAGAAGUUGCGGAGUCCCGUACUUUAAUGGACACAAGGCCGCUGCACUUCCACACCCUCAAGUCCAGCCAGUAGCAAGGCUGGGAACGUGUUCCUGGUAGGCAAAAACACACAUGUCCAGCAACACUGAUCAACACAGAAGACACUCAGCACUCAAACGUGAAUGGGAUGAGCGUCCAAAUCCUCUUCCUCCUCUCUAGCCAAUCAGUUUGGAAGGCUACUAGUAUAUUCAUAUAAACACAUCUGUGUACGCAUGCACAUUUCGAACCCCUUCUGUAGCUGGCCUUAAACGCUCAGUCUGUCCAGUAACUAACUGCUGCAUUUCCUGGCACCGGGGCAUACGAACACCCGAGGUCCACAAUGCUACUCUACUUGCUGUUACUCAAAUCUUUUCACCUAGAAAGCAGAGAGAAAUUAAUCUCUGCUAACUGAUCCAGAUGUGUGGCAUUCCAGUAGCCAACUCUGAUGCCCACCCCGUUUUUCUCCAGUAAGCUGGCUUAGGCCUACCUCCAGUCAGCAACCUGCUGACCCUGAUCUCUCCCGUAUCUGGCACUAGACACCUGGCUCCAAAACCUGUUAUUCUGCUCACUUUAGUGACCACACGCACCGGCAUUCCACCAUAGCCUGGCCGCCCCUCUGCACAUGCUCCAGUAUUCCCGUUUGCUGGUACCACAAAUACACUGGCACCUGUUCCCUGAUGUCGGUUGCUGCCAUUUAGUCCUCCGGACAUACAUGUAUGCAGAGGGUUGACAGUCCCCUCACCCUCAAAAAAAAAAGCUAGAAAUGGAGUUUAGUGAGACAGGACAGACUGCAAAGAUAAAGGCUACCACCCAGCAACAUGUUCAUGCAUGACCACCUUCUUCACCCCACUUCUCCUUCUAUGUUCCCAUGUUUUUUCCUCCCAGUCUGCUUUGACUUUUUCCCUGCUUUUGGUGCUUCCCUUGAACAACACAAAAAUACAUCUCACACGUUCCCACAAUCCCCUAAAAAGUAUCUCACGGUCGCUGCUCUCCCCCCGUGUGCCACUGUAAGCCCUACAGAUGGGGGUCCCCUUGCUCUGCGGGCAUCCCGGGACCCCCCCACCUCACCACGGUGGGAGCCAGGCCGGGGCCCAGGGGCGAUCCAGUUCCUCAAAAACCCCUGGAAGCGGCCCCGCCGGGGCAGCAUCGGGCUGGUUCCGUCGUCGGCGUGCCCCAGUCAUCGGCGUGCCCAUCCACCAUCGCUCCCCCAGCCCUUCGGGUCGGUUACCCUGAGGCGGCCCAGCCAAAGCUCCUGACACAGAACCGCUCUGGAGGCCUCACCGCCGCCUGUCGGGACUCGCGCUGGCGCUUGGGCCGCCCACGGGUGGGCGGGAAGCACGGGGCCCCCCGUGCGCCACAGCCGGCGCUCUCAGCCGGCGGAGGCCGACACCCGCGGCGUGCCCGGCCCCUCCACUGACAGCACAGCGGCCCCGAGGCACGGGCAGGCCCGCUGCCACCGCGCCGGUCCCCUCAGCGCCCCCCCCGCCGGCGGCGCGCACUAACGGCCUCAGCCGGUAUGAAUUUGGCGCCUUACCUUCUCAUUGGCCGGUCUCCGCGGCCAAUGGACUCGGGGCAAGCGCGGUGGCAUCGCACGGACGACCAAUCCGCGAGAAGUUUCUUCCGGCAGAGGUGCCAAUGGCGAGGCGCGGCAGCGCUGUCCAAUGAGCCGAGCCCUACUUUGCGGAAGGUUAUAAAAGGGCUGGGGGCGAGGCCUCCCGCCUCACUUCACCGCGGCGCUCCGGAGGGAGGACAGCGCCCACAGCGGACCGAGGCGCCAUGUCUGGCCGUGGCAAGAGCGGCGGUAAGGCCCGAGCGAAGGCCAAGUCUCGCUCGUCCCGGGCCGGGCUGCAGUUCCCCGUCGGGCGCGUUCACCGGCUGCUGCGGCGCGGGCACUACGCGGAGCGGGUGGGGGCCGGCGCCCCCGUUUACCUGGCCGCCGUGCUGGAGUACCUGACGGCCGAGAUCCUAGAGCUGGCGGGCAACGCGGCCCGCGACAACAAGAAGACGCGCAUCAUCCCCCGUCACCUCCAGCUCGCCGUCCGCAACGACGAGGAGCUCAACAAGCUGCUGGGCGGCGUCACCAUCGCGCAGGGCGGCGUCCUGCCCAACAUCCAGGCCGUGCUGCUGCCCAAGAAGACCAGCGGCGGCGGCACGGGCCCCAGCAAGGCCGGCAAGAAGGGCAGCGGGCAGCAGUCGCAGGAGUACUAGGCCGGCCGGUCGCCCCGGCACCACACAAAGGCCCUUUUCAGGGCCACCCCCAUUGCUCAUCGGGAGAGCUGCGAUCCGCGGGGGGGACGGGGCGGGG